AUGGGGACAAAGGGCCGUGCCGGGGGGCCCCCCCCGGAGCUGCCCUAUUUCGUGCGGCGCUCACGCCUGCACAACCUGCCCGUGUACGAGGGGCAGCGGCAGGGCCGGCGCCUGACGGAGCUGCGCCACAUCCACGGCGACAUCUGGGCGCUGCAGCGGGACCUGAGCGCGUUCCUGGGCUCCCUGGGGGUCCCCGAGGUGCCGGCGCAGGUGAACGAGGUGACGGCGACGCUGCGGCUCCGCGGGCACUGGGGGCCGCAGGUGCGGCAGUGGCUGCUCCAGACGGGCUUCUAGAGACCCCAAAAUCUGCCCGGGGGACCCCAAAACUGCUGCAGGACUCCAAAAUCUGCCCAGGGGAUCCCAAAGCCUGCCCGGGAUCUGCUGGGAUUCGGCUGGAGCAUCCCGAAAUGGAGCCUGGGCAGCGCAACAGCUCCUGGGGGCACCUUCAGAUCCACCUGGAGCACCCCAAAAUCAGCUUGGGGCACCUCCAGAUCCACCUUGGCCUCCUAAGAUCUGUUUGGGGCAUCCCCAGAUCCACCUGGAGCACCCCAAAAUCAGUUUGGGGCACCUCCAGAUCCACCUAGAGCAGCCCAAAAUCUCUUGGGAGCAGCUCAAAAUUCACAGGGAGCCUUGGAAUCCACCUGGGCACCUCCAAAUUCACCUGGAGCACCCCAAAAUCUGCCUGAAGCUGCUGGGGACAGCCACAAAUCCCUCUGGAGCACCCCAAAACCUGCUGGGGGUACCUCAAAAUCCACACUGGGGUUCCAAAAUCCACCUGGGCCACCCCAAAACCCACAGAGAGGAUCUCAAAAUCCACCUUGGGGUAGCCCAAAAUCUGCUGGAAGCUGCCCCAAAACAGAAUAAAGGCCUCAUAAAUGAG